GCCGAUCUUCAACAGUGGCUGCAACAAGAGAGAGAGAGAGAGAGAGCGAUACAAUGGCGAUGACUCUUAUGAACAGAGCAAUCUCUAGAACCGAAACCGUCGGUGCUUUCAGACUCUCGCUUAAUCUCCUAAGGAAUUUCUCUGCGGCGCCGGCGGCGGCAUCUACUCCGGCGAGUGAAAACCCUAGCUCCGAUGCGAAUAAACCUAAACGAAGAAAGAAGAAGAAUUUAAUCGAAGUCGCUCAGUUCUUACCUAAUUGGGGAAUCGGAUACCAUAUGGCUAAAGCUCACUGGAAUGGAAUCUCUUAUGAAAUCACUAAGAUCAAUCUCUAUAAGGAUGGUAGACAUGGAAAAGCUUGGGGAAUUGUUCACAAAGAUGGAUUGCGAGCUGCGGAAGCUCCAAAGAAGAUAAGCGGAGUUCACAAACGGUGUUGGAAGUAUAUCCCGAACCUGUCAAAGACUGCUCCUGCAACAAACUCUGCAACCGCUGCUGAUGUCCAAGCUGCCUGAUCUAUUUACUUCCAUUGUUGUGGGUACUUGUUGAUCUAUCUGUUUGCAAGUUUCUUUUCAUUGGGAAGAUACAGUUGUUGUUACUUGAUAGUUUCUUGGAAUUCGUCGAUAGAUUUGUAGGAAAUGAUCCAUAAUCUCGGAUGAUGAUCGGUUGUUCGUUGUUCUUGUUAAGACUUUACACUUCUUGCGUUGGAUUUUACUGUGCCUGCAUCACUGAGCCUAGGGUUUUGCUACUAUUCAGUAUGAACUUGUUUUGUAGGAGAUCUUUUGGUUUCAAACAUGUAAUAAACGACCUCAAUUACG